UCUUUAUUAGACAUGUAACUUUAUUUCCGUUGUAAACAUGGCCGAAAAAGUUGACUUUGCCGAGAUUCAAGUUGCCGGAGACUAUGGUUCUGAAUUCGAAUAUGACAGUGAAGCUGACAGACGAAGACACAAAGAUGACAAUUUGUUGAAGAAAAGAAAACGGUCUACAGAUGGAAAACCCAAAAGACGAGAAGCUGAAACGGAAUACAGCAGAGAGGAGGCCAAAAUACAGAGAUACCACAUUGUUAGUAUGGACGCUUUCGCACGACACAAGAAAUUUGUGAACGACUACAUGCUGUAUUAUGGAGGGUCGAAAGCAGACUUCAAAAGGGACACGUCCAGAGACAAGACAGACAUGGACGUGAUACGUGAGAACCACCAGUUUCUGUGGGACGAUGAUGACGGAGAAAGUGAUGAUUCCUGGGAAAGACGAUUAGCAAAGAAAUAUUUUGACAAACUGUUCAAAGAAUACUGUAUUACUGAUCUAAGCAGAUACAAAGAGAACAAGGUUGCCAUGAGGUGGCGUACAGAACAAGAGGUUGUGCAAGGCAAAGGUCAGUUCAUUUGUGGAAGUAGAAAGUGUCCCGAGAAAGGAGGACUACGAAGUUGGGAGGUCAACUUUGGAUAUCUGGAACAUGGCGUCAAGAAAAAUGCUCUAGUCAAAUUACGGUUGUGUCCAGAUUGUUCCUAUAAACUCAACUAUCAUCACAAAAAAAAAGAAGUUUUACAUAAAAAGAAAAAGAAGACGGACAAAAAUACCGAAGAAAGUGACAAGACGAAGCGACACAAGACAGAUCACGAUCAUUCUAAAGAUGGGUGCAGUGGUGACGUGACAGAACCCCCUGGAGGGUCAAAAGAGACCGGUCAGUCCAUCUGGUCAGGCCCGGCCAAAAUCGCAGAGGAUAAAUCACGAGAGGAAGAAUUUGACGACUAUUUCAACGACAUGUUCCUAUGACAACGGAAAACUUUUGAAUAAACAGAAUCUACCCAAGCCAUAUUUAAAAUGUGUGGAGAACAUAUUUUAUGAUAUUCACAUAUUUUGAAAUAGGAGCUAGCAUAUCAAGGUCAAUGAUGAGCAAGAUUAUGCAGUUUCUAAAACCAUGAACGGCGUACAGACUUCUACCUCGUAAGGAAUAACCAGUUUCCACUACGGCAGAUGUUAUGUAGAGUUCUCCAUGCUUAGAAUGAGGGUCAGAUGAAAAUACAACAGCUAGACUUUACAUGAAUUCUCUAAUGUGUAAUAUCAAUUAACAAUUCAUUCCGCCCUCUAUUCAUGUCGUUUACGUAAGGAUAAUGUCAUGUUUGUUCUUAUGUUGCCUUCCGCCUCAAAACUCUACAGCCUUCCUUCUUCUCAAGGUGCAGGAACGGUAGCUAAGUGUGAUCAAUUUUAUUUUAUUCUGAAGUUUUAAAUAUUUCAUAUUGAAAUUUUAGGUCCGUUAAUCUAAAAUUUAAAA